AUGGACGCUUACACUUCAUUGCUGAACCUGAACUUCAUGUCGGCCUGGCGAACAGGCAACAGUCUUGUUGACAUGGUCAUCGCCAUUACCAUUCCUCUCCUGUCAAACUGGGUGGCGAGGUUCUUCUCCGUCACUUGGCCUGAGUUUGUGAGGAAAUUUGUCGAGUGGUACCUGCCGAAAAAGGUGCAGGUAAAAAUUCAGCAUGGUCUGACCGACCGAUACCAGCGGGCGGUGGACUUGACGGAAGGCUCGGUGCUGCAGGAGGCGGUUGAACGAUACGUCAGUAAUCAUCUGAAGCCCUUCUACUCAAAUGGGGAGUUUGUCUACAGCAUGGCGUCGCCCAGCGACGGACCCGAAAGAAAGACCAUGGCGCAGUUGUUGGAGGAAAACUUUGGGCUUUUCUGCCGUCCUGUGAAAGAGAGCGUUAAGCUUGGGAACGGCAUUUUACUUCGCAUUCGUGAGUCCGAGGAUGAGGAGCCUGACAACUUGGAGGGGACCGUGGACGACGGCGGCCACAGAGGGAAGGGGGCGGAGAAGCGAACCAAGUCCAAGCUGCGGGAGAUCAUCUUGACAGAAGGCUCCGGAGGCCGCGGUGGAGGCGAGGAGGCGUUGUCAUUUGCGCGCGCCGCGUUUGACUGGUAUUUGCAGAGCUUAGAAACGGCAUCGAGCAGGAAGCGCUACCUCUACCAGCCUCUCCGGGGAAAAGACUCCUUUGAAGAGGUGCACGGUGACCUGAUGAAGGUCGUGCGCUACCCGUUGUACGACCUAAAAUCCUUCAACUCCCUCUUCUUUCCAGAGAAGGAGAAGCUUAUAGCGCUGAUUGAGCAGUUUGAAAGCAAAAGCGGCAAGUUUGCCGUGCCCGGCUUUCCUCAUAAACUCAUAUUGCUGCUGCACGGCCCACCUGGCACGGGCAAGACAAGCCUGGUCAAGGCCAUAGCGCAGUACACGGGGCGUCACAUUUUCUCCGUCCCACUUGCGCAGGUGCGCACCAAUCAAGAACUCAUCUCCUGCAUGCAUGACCAACUCUUUGAGGUGAGCAACGAGCGCCAGUACUGGAGGGUGUCACUGCGUCCAGAGAAGCUCAUCUACCUCUUGGAAGACGCUGAUGCCACCUCCGACGUUAUGCUUAAAAACAAGGCGAAGGAAGCGGCGACGAAGGCACACGGCAAAAAAGCACCUCGUCUACAAAUAAUGGAUGCACUCAAUACAAAAGGGCUCUUGGAAGCCUUUGGUGGGAUUGUUGAUACCCCAAAGCGCAUCAUCGUGAUGACCACAAAUCAUAUUGACAGAUUGGAUAGUGCCAUUAUUCGCCCUGGCUUCAUCACGAUGCGAUUGUACAUGGGAAAUUUCACGAAUGAGUACGCGGCGCAGAUGGUUAGGCAUUAUUAUGGGCCUGAGGCAGCCACCGAGGAGCGUCUAGAGUGCCUGAAGGAGGUGUUGCAGCGGGCCAGUGAGACGGAGAUUCACUUUAGCCCCUCCGAGUUGGAGCAGCUUUGUGCGGAGUAUGACGACAUCGAAGAGCUCAUUGAGGUGCUGAAGAACGGAAGUCGAGAAGAUAAGUUCUAA